ACACCACGUAGUAAACCAAAGCUAUAGGACACUCGAGCUACGUUCUGAGAUGAGUAUUUUUUUGCGGAUAUCCUGGUUCCGCCAGCCGUCAACGACCUGACUUCUCUGGCUUUAACAACCCAGCAAGUUUUGUGCAUUCGUGAUAACGUGAUAGCCCACCACGUUUGUUUGACCGACAAGAGUUAUCUACCUUGACACACCUGUUCUUGAAAACACUUCCUGGUCGAACCAUUUCGUGAAAUAAAUUUGUGAUAUCUGCACUGAACUUGAUGAACUGUUUAAAACUAACUUUCUGAGCGUAUGUCUUUAUAAAAUAACAGCAGUGUCGUAUUCACAACAUUUGAAACGUUUAUGUUAAACUCUGUGACGUACGCGCUUUACCCAGGUUAAUUUCUAACCAAGAACUUUGAUGAGUAUGCUAUGUAUAUUAAAUAUACUAGUAUAGUACAAUGCAGACUACGUGAUCACGUGGGUUAAAACGUUCAGUGUUUAACUAACAGGAAUGUCGAACGAAGAGCUUAUUUUACGAGGAAUCAAACAAGAGAUUCUUCGAGAUAAGCGUUUCGAGAUAGUGAAAUCACUGAAUCCAGCUCGUCACUAUGACUACCUGCGCUCCAAGUACCUGCUGUCUGGCGAGGACGUGGAGGAGAUCCAGAAGCAGGAGACGCAGCAGAAGCGAGCCAGUCUGUUUCUGGACAAGAUCCUGCAGAACGGGCCGAACAACUGUUACGACCUGCUGUGUGAGUCCAUCCUAGUGGCCGACAAAACGAGGAUGCAUCUUCUAACCAUGCUCAACAAGGAGUAUGAAAAUAAACUCAAUAAUUACAAAGCUUUAAUUAAAACACACCAACCUCGUGCUCAAUCUCUCGACAUUGCAGUAGAUUCCAGUGCUCUGCCUCGGCCCCCAAGACCUGGACUAAACGUCCCAUAUAAACCGAAGAAUGAUGUACACACGUUUCCUGGAUCACUGAUGAACAUCCCACCAGAGUCCCAAGAUCAAACCAUGAACAUUUCAGAAAACCAGAAUGUGUGUAACGACUUACUUCCCUCCCCAACUCCGGGCGUAAAUAUCUCGAUAGACCAGGAACCGUAUAACGAUUUAUCAGGGUCUUUAAAAUCGAGAGACGUAGUCACAUUUUCGAAAUCCAGAAAAGGUUCUAAUGGCGAGUCAGCUGUCUAAUGUCAGAUACUACGUAAAACGUAGGCCUACUUCAAGGCUAAGAAUGUGCAUUUUAUUUCUUAGUUGUCUCAUUCUUAGCAUAAUUUGUCUGUUGUUCUAACCAUGCAAGGAAUGUCUCAUGGGUGUCUUGUUGAGUUAUAUUGGUUUUGUUCCAGUUUAGCUUAGUAACUGGUUUAACGUGUCCAUAUACCACUAGGGUUUCGAACACGCCUAUCCCGAGUCCGGCCUCCGAUAGGAUUGGGGGUCUGUCUCAGGACAGGGAUAACCUAACAAAUAUGGUCAAUUUUGAAAUUUUAAAUAUUAACACCAAAAGUAUAAAAAAGGGGAAAAUUGGGGUUAAUCAAUUUUGGCUGCGCCCUCAAAGAGAAGUAUUAACAUUCUUAACCUAUAUAAAUUAUUAAUAUAAUAUAAUUUCGGCGCAGAUUUAGAUGGGCUGGUCUAAAAUUAAUAAUAAUUAUUGAACAGCAUUCAUUAAGCCCAUGGGAGGUUAGGAGGAAAGGCUAUAAAGUUGGCAGAAGUAGAAAAAAAAGAAAAAAAAAAAAGAAGAAGAAAAUUUUAAAAUUAAUUUUGGAAAAGGGGCUGCCAAUCUUAUUCUAAACAUUGGUGUGACCAGAUGAGGGUCGGGAGGGAGGGGAGUCCGGCCCUACACAAAACCUAAGGCCAAACCGCCUACUCCUAUGGCCCCAAAGAAUGCCCUAACUCCCGGCAUCCCAUCCCCCACAGUGUUCAACCGCAGUUCAGUCCAAUCCUGGCAACCUAGUGGUUGUUUACGAAGUUAAUAGAAGUUCCUAAACCGGCGUCAUCAGGAGAGUGACGCCAAAGGGUUAUUAAUUUCAUCGUUUGUGCCACUGGGAGAGUGACAAAAAAGAUCCAGCGAUGGCUAAUUUAGUGGGAAGGAGGAAGGUGUUUUUGUUCCAGUAACGUGUGAACAACACAAAGGAUCUUCUGGAUGUUCUCAAAGCAAUUCGGUCAACAGGAUUAACACGCUCGAGCUCCUGAACGAAGUGAGCUUUAGAGGCAGGGAGGAGUUCCCAGUAUACCGGCCUCGGUGGCGCAGUGGUCAAGCCAUCGGACUACAGGCUGGGAGGUACAGGGUUCGCAGCCCGGUACCGGCUCCAACCCAGAGCGAGUUCUUAAGGGCUCAAUGGGUAGAUGUAAGG